GACACAUCAGUGUGUGCAGAGCUGUACAGUCUGUGGUAGAGACGCGUUCACCAGGCUUUAGCUGUCAGUGUGUGACACACACAGUUUCAACGAGACCUGCUGACACCGGGAUUCCCAUCUCAGCAUGCCUCACAAGAGCAAAAAAGAAAAGGAAACUAAACCUGGAAGAUCUAAAAAGUCUGGAAGUAAAAAUGAACCUGCAGACGACCAAGAUGGCUCCAAUAAAAAAGUGCCUCCUGCAACUCAGUUGAUGAGGGUGAAGCAGCCGGGGUCACACUCAGCCGUCAAGAGGGAGAAGAGGUUCAGCACUUCCUCCUUCCCACUCAGUGCUAACAGAGAGCUACAUAAACUGGCUGCACUGGCAGAUGUGGCCCCCGCAGAGCAGGAGAAGCUCUUCAUCCAGAAGCUACGGCAGUGCUGCGUUCUCUUUGACUUCCUGUCCGACCCGCUGAGCGACCUGAAAUGGAAGGAAGUGAAGCGGGCGGCGUUGAGCGAGAUGGUGGAGUACAUCACCCACAACAGGAAUGUCAUCACAGAGCCCAUCUACCCGGAGGUGGUGCACAUGUUCGCGGUGAACAUGUUCAGAACAUUGCCUCCAUCGUCCAACCCCACUGGAGCGGAGUUUGAUCCAGAGGAAGACGAGCCAACACUUGAAGCUGCAUGGCCACACCUCCAGCUUGUCUAUGAGUUUUUCCUUAGGUUUCUAGAAUCACCCGACUUCCAGCCUAACAUAGCGAAGAAAUACAUCGACCAGAAAUUUGUUAUGCAGCUCCUAGAUCUAUUUGACAGUGAGGAUCCCAGAGAGAGAGACUUCCUCAAAACUACCCUCCACAGGAUCUAUGGAAAGUUCCUGGGGCUGAGGGCGUACAUCAGAAAACACAUCAAUAACAUUUUCUAUAGGUUCAUCUAUGAGACGGAGCACCAUAAUGGUAUAGCUGAACUACUGGAAAUACUUGGAAGCAUAAUCAAUGGAUUUGCCUUACCACUAAAAGAAGAGCACAAGAUUUUCCUGUUGAAGGUUUUAUUGCCUCUUCACAAAGUCAAAUCACUCAGUGUCUACCAUCCACAGCUGGCCUACUGCGUGGUGCAGUUUUUGGAAAAGGACAGCACUCUAACUGAGCCGGUGGUAAUGGCCCUUUUAAAGUACUGGCCAAAGACUCACAGUCCCAAGGAGGUGAUGUUUCUCAACGAGCUGGAGGAGAUCCUGGACGUCAUCGAGCCCUCUGAGUUUGUCAAAGUGCAGGAGCCUCUCUUCAGACAGCUGGCCAAGUGUGUGUCCAGCCCGCACUUCCAGGUGGCCGAGAGAGCUCUUUACUACUGGAACAACGAGUACAUCAUGAGUCUGAUCAGCGACAACGCAGCGAAGAUCCUGCCCAUCAUGUUCCCGGCUCUGUACCGCAACUCCAAGACCCACUGGAACAAAACCAUCCACGGCCUCAUCUACAACGCUCUGAAGCUCUUCAUGGAGAUGAAUCAGAAGCUCUUCGACGAUUGCACACAGCAGUUCAGGGCUGAGAAAAACAAAGAGAAGGCAAAAUCUAAAGAACGUGAGGAGGCUUGGAUUAAGAUUGAGAACCUCGCCAAGUCAAAUCCACAGUUGCAGCAUGACCAGCGGAAAGAGCGGCCUAUGGUGCGACGCAAAUCUGAGUUGCCUCAGGAUAUCUACACCACAAAAGCCUUGGAGUCCCACCGCAGAGCUGAUGACAUGUUGACCACCCACGAUGGACUCUAGGUCCCGCCUCCUGCCGGCUCUCUGUUCAACUGCCCCCCCCCCAUUUCCCCUCCUCCACAGCCAUGGACAUCCUCCUCGCCCAGGUGCCAGAAUUACACUGGCGACCCAUGUUGGGCUCUCCAUCCCUCCUCCCACCAUUAGUUUACCCAGAAUCCUCAGUUCUCCUCCAUUCCUGCUGCCCUAGUGCAGAAGCCCUGUAUCUUCCUCCCUCAGAUUUCUGCUUUCUCAGGUUUUUGUCUUUAUUUGGAGAAGAGUGGGAGUGUGUUUGUUGUGUCUUUUUAGCCCUUGCCACAUAUACGUUCCGAUUUCCCCCCCCCCUUCGAUUACCUUCCUUUGUCCCGCCCUCCCCCUGUGGGUCCCUGUAAAUGUGGAACCUGGGAGUACGGAUGCCACAACGCUGGUUCCAUCAUUCCUUCUUGCAAACACGAUGGAUUGGACGUGGAAACAUAGGAACUGACUGACUCACUGUCUAAGGAUCGUCUCUUGGUCUCUGCUUGGUUUUCUUUUCCGUCAAAGGGAACAAAAACAGACCCUGUUGGUCAGAUGAAAGACAAUACUUUCCCGUCAUCCGUUUGCUUUGCUUUUUUGCUAAAUCUAACGGACAUCUUGUCAGUGCCAAGACGUUUGUGUUAUUUGUUUGUUUCAUGUUUUUAUCUUUGACUUUAACAGGAACACCUGCCUUUGUUUUUGGUCACUGGUGUUAUAGAAGAUUUUUUUUUUUUUUUUUUUUUAGUUUAACACGCCAGACCAAACUGAGGCUCGUCCUUAGCCUUGCAAUGUCCAGGAGAGGAGGCGAGGAAAGAGGAAGUUGUCCUGUGGACAUCUGACUCUUUCCAUUUUAUUGUUUCGUGCCAUAUGCCGCUCUUUGAUAUGCUUGCUUCCUUAUGUUCAUUGGCAAUAUUUGAAUACCAGACCAUAGUAAUGACUAUACAGUUCAAACAAUGGUACUUACUGUUUUUGAGUUUGACAGGUGAGGAGGAACCUGAGUGAAAGCUGUAUGUAUUUACCACCUAAGUUGCAGGAACAAUAGCUUGGAUGUAGCAAGGAGAGCCAUUGAAUGCAUGAAAUGGCUGCACACUGAAUAAAAAGAGGAGAGCUUGUGGGGUGUUCAGGGUGAAUGGUGGGCUUUUAUAUAUACUUUAAAAUGAAUAGUGAUUAUUAUCUUUGUAAAGGAAAUAUAAUUAGAGAUAUGUGUUUUGUUGAAUGGAAGAAGAGGCACAGAUCUGUAUUUUCUCAACACUUAAACUCCACACACUGAUGAUUUUUAUCAGCCGUUACAAAGUUAGAACCUUUGCUCAUUGUGCUUCUUUCUUAGAGCAUGGAGGUGUAUUGGUACUGUAUGCUGUAAAGAUUUUUAAUGUCCUAAUUACAAAUAGAAAUUAAUGUAUUAUAAAAUAAGAUCUGGCAACCUCAGUAGCAAUUAACAUACAGACAUUAAAUGAAUAAUACACUUGAUGAAAGCUACCAAAAAUAUGUUUUUGUUGCUACCAUUCCUAGUUUCAGGCUUGCGUGUUAUUUUGUUUCAGUGCGGAAGCUGUUUAAGGGUUAGUAAGAUAUCUUCCAGUCUGUACCAUUGUUUAAACUAAGGAGGUCUGCUAGAUUUCUUCAUAUUUGAUGUGUUGUAUUUCUUUGUCUUGUCUCUGGAGGUUAAGUAGCGUGGAUGUCAGGUCUUUGGAUUUUUUUUGUUCUGGCCAUUCAGGAUGCCCACACGCUGAAACAGACUGGUAUCAAAUGGCCACAAAAAUGCCAGAUGCUGAAAAUAAACUGACAUUGUGACUUGGCUUGUUAACUGUAUUAAUACUGUAUUUGCUUGAAUGCAAAAAGAUGUAAAUUAAAACUACCAUGUUAAACAUGUACCUUUUACCCUGGAGGAAUGCCAUUCACCAAACUGAUUUCUGUUGUCGAGGUCAUUGCGUUUAUGAAACAGUCCUGCUUGCUGGGAGAGAUGUUUUAUGAGUUUGAGUCAAGAGGUGUUUGAGAUGAGUGCAGAAAAACAAGUUGGCCGUGAAAACAAGAGAUGAUUUUAAAAAUGAUUUGGUGGCUUGUUCUCUUUCUGCAGGAUCUUUGCAGAUCUUUUAAUUUCACACAUAAUUUCCAAAACAUGAUAACUUAAAGUGUCCUUUUGUAUGUGACCUGUACUAUAUGAUUCAUUUAAUAUUGUAUAUAUGAUUUACCUUGUUUCAUGUAGUGUUAUAUAUCUAGAUUAAUUUUGUACAAAUUGUCCCUCUGUACAGAAUAAAACAUCAAUAGCAAGUGAAAGAAGUCAAUCUGGCACAUACCGUCUUAUUUCUCCACUUUUAGUUUUUAGAUGUACUUUCAUCAACACAAGGAUUUGGAAAAUGUUCUUGUUUUUAUUAUCAAAUCUGCAAAGUUUCCUCCCUCCUCUAUAUAACUGACAAAUGUUCAUGCCCGUUGUGUGCUCCUAUCACUGUCUUUAGUGGUGUACAACUAUAUAGUAUAAAUAAAGAGAUUAUUUGAAUAUA